GCAGUAAUUGCGAAUCCAAAUAACAUUGCCGAAAUCGCAAAGGAGAUGAGCGACUGUUUCCCAUUCCACCAACUGCUGCUGAAGGAGAAAAAGUCAUUCGCUGAGAUACUUCAAACAUUUCCACAUUUCGCAUCAUUCAAUGGCAGACUGAUCGACGAGGCAUUCUACAGGCUAUGCCCAGGAGUAUCCCAUCAACUUGAGUUUUCCCCGGUUUUGGGCAGAGCACUUUUACUUGCUUCGGAGAUGUUCCUGAACGUUGAAGAUGCACACGUAAGAGGCACAUUGAGGAUUUUUGCGACAUUGCAAAAGAAAGGAGUGAAGACUUUGUCAUCUAAUCAAGCUGGACCUAGUAGCCCGAUGCAGGCGGAAAGAAUCCUCGUAUCGCCGCUUCUUCGAUGGUCACAGGAUCUGGUCCAAGAUGAUGACAAUCAUCCCGGAGAUACGUACAUUGCAUGUGAGGCUGCUCUGUUCAAAUCUGGACCAUACCGCAUAAUAGACUAUUCCCGUCUGACCUAACCCCCCUUUUUUAUAUUUUUCUUCGAAAGACACGUGUUUUUGAUGACUAUUACCGCUUUCAGAUUUUUUUUAUAUGUACUCCUGAUUUUCAUACAAAUUUUCAAAAACUGGGAAAUUCACCACUUUUUUAAAUAAAAAUUACAAUGCGAAGUAAUUUUUUGUGGGUUUUGGCAACUCUGAAAUGGUGAUCUUUUUUUUCACCUCCGAAAAUGAGCAACGCCUGGGAGCACUUUUUUUGUUUACAUUCAGAAAUGUCAAACUGUACGGCUCGCUUAAUUUCAUCAGGAACAGGAGCAAGUUCCGAGCAACAGCAGCGGAUUGGACUUGGACCGGACUAAUAAACCUCGGAAUAAACGGGUGUUGAGUGUGCCGCUUCACGUGAUCCUGGUGGACGUACACUAACCAGGAGCCUAAUUGCUGGUUAAUGAUGCGGAAUUAAUGGCGAAAGACCGCUACUCUUAUAGGAAUGUAAAUUUUACGAAGGACUCCUACCACAACUUCAUCGAUCUGCAGAACGCAGCGGACGAUGAGUUCCGAAUUUGGUCUGGAGCUGGAUGAGGUGAACACCCACAAGCAGAUAAUAACCAAGGAACAGGGCGAGGUGGAAGCGGCUAAGGAUGUUUCGGAGGACGACAUUCCGGCCAAUCGAUGCAAUCUGCUGCGCCUGUAAGAUCUGGUACUCGGACUGCAGCUGUUCCUCGGGAAGUGAGUAGGCAGGAUGUGUUAAUUUAUACUCAGGGACUAAUGGAAGAUUGGUUUUCAGGAUACCGUUCCCGCAAUUCAUUGAAGUGGAUCCGGCCAAAGGCGUCGACGUCCAGAAGAUGGUGAUGACGGAAGCUACGAACAGAUUCGCCCUUUCGCCGUGGCGGCCGUUCUAUAGAAUGGAUAGAAUGUCACCUUUACGAAGGACUCCUACACCAGAAUAUCUGCCGAAAGCGUGCAAAGGCACCAUGCUCUCAAAGAUAUUAAAUUUGUCCCGUUGAACCAGGAGAAGGCAAUGACCGCGGAGGAGCUGAUGGAGUUCUACUCGACGUACACCCAACUGAGGCCUAUCUGCCGAUAAUUCGGGAUAGGACUUGAUGGACGGUAACUCACCGGAGUAGAAGUUCCCGGCUUGCCUCGUUCGCCGAUUGAUGGUCGUGAACAUGAGUCACAAGGCGAAAGAUCGCUACGUCCACCGGAGGAAAAUCAAGGCUAUCUCUAGCACGAACCGGAACUUCAUGCUGACUGAUCCAGGUCCGACCCCUGUGUAGUGAAGUGAAUAUCGAAAUGUAUUCGGCUGGUUUGAGAAGAAAAAUGCGCGAUUAUAUGAUUUUUUUUUUAACAUGUACCUUCUGUUUCUAUUAGGUAGUCAUGGAAAAGAUUGAGAUUUUUUUUGCAAAUUAGCAAUCAUUACAUACCUAUUCUGAAAACCAGUUCUGGAAGGACAUGGUGAACCUAUUUAACUACGAAUUUUAUUCAUUCAUGAGAGGUCAGCUUAGCAUCACCUUGCAGUUCUGGGAGGACAUGGUGAACCUUUUCAACUAUGAAUUUUACAUAUUUAUUAGGGAAGACCUGCUAAGCAUCACCUUGCAGUUCUGGGAGGACAUGGUGAACCUAUUUAACUACGCAUUUUAUUCAUUCAUGAGAGAAGAUCAGCUUAGCAUCACCUUGCAGUUCUGG